GGCGUGGCCGGCCUGUGAAAUGUCAGUGAGGAAUGGCGCUCGGCGCGGUAUUUUGAACAAUCGCUUGUUUUCCCCUUUGCUUCUCUUAUCUGGAGACGCUGCCUGGCGUUAAAGUCUCGGGGUUAACAAAGAGCUGAAACACAAUAAGCAUGGACGUGGUGUCACCAGAACUGAACAGCCUCCUUCCUGAUGAAAUCAUGGAUACUGAGGCCAUAGAAGACAUCCCACACUCUCAGUCUGAGACAGUAGUCCCAAUGGAAACGGACGUACCCGUACCAACAGAGAAUCUGAGCAUCUGUUCAAAUGCCACACUGAUGGAGCCGACCCAAACUCUGACCACUUCUGCAGCUACAGACUCCACACUCUGUGUCAGUUUGGUUCCAUCACCCCUUCUCACCAUCAAACCGGCCAUGGCUACGUCCACGGCCACAACCAAAACUACCGACAGUGUCACUGGGACCACUGUCUCUGCAGGUGGUUUACAGAAACUCACAACUCAGUUUGCCAUCUCUGCUGCCAACCACCAGAUCAUUCUGAAUAAGUUGGCAUCGUCUCAGGCCACAGAAGCAUCAAAAUCUGCAGCUGCUUCAGCCCAAGUCAUCAAACAGGAAGGACAGAAACUUCUGGUCACAGCAAUAGGAAAGUCUGGACAACCUAUAGUGCUUCAGCUACCCCACACAGGCAGCAAACCUGGAGUUUCACAGACUUCAGGAGACACCAAGUUGCAAACACCACAGUUUAAAGUUGUGACCAUUGGUGGAAGAUCAGAGCUGAAACCGAUGGUGGUGAAUCCUGGGAACCAGGUGACAGCGCUACAGACCCAGCAGCUGAAGACUUUACAGAUUCCCAAGAAAACACCAGCAUCCUCAGCUGCUCCGAUCAAGUUUAUCAUCACAAAAACUGUUAACAGCAAAGGUCUGAAUCCUCAGACACCCGUCACUCCAGUAAUCCAAGGACGUGUUCUGACCCAAACUUCCCCAGUGAUGACAUCAAAAACUAUUACUCUCUCUGAGCCCCUUAACACUAGCUUACCAAGCAAAAAGAUUGCCAUUUCACCGCUCAAGACUCCCAGCAAGGUGACUGUGGUUUCUGUGGCUUCCCCACCCUCUAAUGCCUCUCAGAAGUCAGUAGCUCUGCCUGUGAGUGUAGCACUUGGCCAACAAAUCCUUGCUGUCCAGCAGUCCACAUCUGCAUCUCCAAUCAAGGUGGCCACCAGUCAACCCUCAGCACAGAAUAUUAAGCCUGUGCAGACUGUACCAGUGGCAGGAGUUGGUGGUUCCCAGUUCAAGACCAUCAUCCCACUGGCUGCCCAGCCAAACGUGCAACAGAUUCAAGUGCCAGGAAGCAGGUUUCACUAUGUUCGCCUGGUCACAGCCAGCACAGCUAGCAGCACAGGACAGUCCAGUGUUCCCAACACCAGCUCAGUUCAGACUGGUAAACCUGUAGUAGUCGGUACAGGAGCGGUGAGGAUGUCUGUCCCGGUCGUCUCAGCACAGACAGUGAAGCAGGUGGCACCUAAGCCUCUGACAUCAGCAACACAAGUAGUCACCACCACUCAGACACAACAACGCCUGAUCAUGCCUGCAACGCCGCUCCCACAGAUCCAGCCGGGCUUCACCAACCUCCCACCAGGCACAGUCUUGGCACCAGCUCCUGGAGGCAGCAAUGUGGGUUAUACAGUUGUGCCAGCUCAGUAUGUCACACAGAUCCAGCAGUCACCAUUUGUGACUCUUGCCAGUAACUCUAGUUUCCCUCCAUCUGGUGCUGUCCAAUCUCAGGCCAAACUGCCUCUCAAUGGUGUGUCAGCUGCAGAAACAACCUCGAGACCAAGAAAACCCUGUAACUGCACCAAAUCACAGUGUCUCAAACUAUACUGUGACUGCUUUGCAAACGGAGAGUUCUGUAAUAACUGUAACUGCAAUAACUGCUUCAAUAAUCUGGUCCAUGAAACAGAACGUCUCAAAGCCAUCAAGACUUGUUUGGACAGAAACCCAGAAGCCUUCAAACCUAAGAUCGGUAAAGGCAAAGAAGGAGAGUCGGACCGUCGGCACAGCAAAGGCUGCAACUGCAAACGUUCAGGCUGCCUGAAGAACUACUGCGAGUGCUACGAGGCCAAGAUCAUGUGCUCAUCCAUUUGUAAGUGCAUCGGCUGUAAAAACUUUGAGGAGAGCCCUGAGAGGAAAACACUGAUGCACCUGGCUGAUGCAGCAGAAGUCAGGGUCCAGCAGCAGACUGCAGCCAAGACCAAACUGUCCUCACAGAUCUCAGACCUGCUGAUGAGGACAACCCCUGUUCUUUCCAGUGGAGGGGGGAG